CAUCGAUUUGUUGAAGUCGCUUACACAAUGAUCGUUUUGGCUUCGAUCUUCGUCUUCGCACGCGUUGGCAUCCAGGCCUGGCAGCGCAAGGCAAUGGAGGCGCAGGACUACCUCAUCUAUUUUGCCUUUAUCUUCUUCGUCGGCAUGACGAUCUGCUACCUUGCCAUCAUACCGAAGAUAUAUAUGAUUGGCAAGGUCACUGAGGGCUUAAGGGCUCCCUGGGAAACGAUGCAGGCAGAUGUCGUUCUAUACAUUCGGAUGAUGUUCGUCACAUCGACUCUGUUCUGGUUUUCACUGUGGUCUGUAAAGCUGUCUUUGUUGGCACUCUACAGAAAGUUGAUGGAAGGCUUGCCCAGGGUGUACCUCAGGCUUUGGUGGGCAGUGUUCAUCUUUUGUCUAGUGUCUCUAGUUGGCUGUGUCGUCUCCUAUGUUGUAUCUUGCCCGGACUUUAGCGCUACUCUAUCGCGAGGAGAGUGCUCAGGUCCCAGAAGCUUUCGUGGGCAGCAGGCUAGUCUGUACAUGUCCUACGGUGUGGACACCCUGUCCGACUUCAUGAUAAUGUUCCUUCCGAUACGACUCGUUUGGAACCUACAAAUGCCGCGCGGGCAGAAGAUGGCUGUUGUCGCACUAUUCGCGUCGGGCUUUGUAUGCAUCGCCUUUGCCACCCUCCGCGUCGUUCAAAUCGGCAUGAGAACGGGAAAGCACUCCGCCCCAAGCCCUACCUGGCUCGCUUUAUGGUCGAUAAUUGAGACUGCCAUUGCCAUUGGCAUUGGAUGUUGUCCUGCGUUAGCUGUCCUAUAUCGCAUAUCGCACACGCAACACGUCCCGUACGAUUCUCAUGGCUACGUCCGACAUAAUCAAAGUCAACCAGGAUCGAAUCGAAAGGGUGGGGAUGCAAUAAACAUGAACACUUUGACUGUGGGGACUGCGCGAUCCAAAGCAUCGAGGAACGAUCCGUACUGGGAUGACGCGGCAGGCAGUCAAGAAGAACUUGCGGUGGAUACUAAGCGCAUCAGAGUGACCACAAUAGUGCAGCAAGAUACCAGACAGUCGAGUAUCUCACCCUCUAAAAUUUCCAGAGACGAAGCCCGAUCACAUAUUAUCUAGAUAUGUUCCUAGUAGCCCAAUAGAAUAGGUCAACUUGGUUAACGAGUUCAUUUCGGUCCUGGAUUUUAGUAGUACUUCUGCCUUUCGCCACGCUUCUAGAUCCUCGAGCUUACACAAUAAUAACACAA